AUGAAGCUCUUUCUAAUACGGCAUGCAGAAACGGUGCAUAAUGUCGAGAAAACAUGGGCAGGCACCACCGACUCACCACUCACAAACCAUGGAAUGCUGCAGAUCGACAGUCUCGCUAGACAUUUUGCAUCCAAUUCUAUUCAUUUUGACUCCAUAUUUGCCUCGGACUUGAGCAGAGCUCGGAUCACUGCGGAAGGUAUCUGUCGCCAACAACGCCCGAGACGUGACGGGGGUCUUGUGUCGCCUAUCUUGACGUCAGAUCUAAGAGAGAAAGAUUUCGGAUCAUUAGAGGGUGUGCGUUUCACCCCCCCUGUCGGCAAACCCGGCAAUGACAGUUCACGUGGCGGUCGCUCAGGUAGUGCCCCUGUGUUGACUCAUGCCGAGAGCGAGUCCACAGCCUCGAUGCGACGGCGAGCGAUUUCGUUCCUGAAUGUCCACCUCUUGCCGUUGAUAUUCGACGAUACUACACAAAGAGCGAACGUGGCCAUUGUCGCUCAUGGUAUCAUACUUCGCGUACUAUGGUAUUGUCUUCUUGAACUCUUCGACCCUACAAAUAUUACAAUGGCUCCGGGCAUUACUACAGGUGAUGGCCGACCACCGGUCCUGGUAUCCCCGAGCUGGUCGAAUACAGGCAACAGCCGGGAUAUGAUCAAAGACGGGCGAUAA